UGUCAGUGAGUGUCUGUAACCGUGACGCCGGGUCACACGGCCGGAGCCACAUCCAGGGCUCUCAAGUAACACUGGUCUGUGUAGUGUCACUGCUUGUUGGGUCAACACAAUGGCUAAAGUCUUUAGGCAACAGCCUCUCAUGAAGGACCAGUACAACACAGAUGGACCCAAAGCUAAAGUCUGUUCAAGGCAGUCAAACCACCUCAAGAAGCCACAACAAGCUUCACAAGGAGCUGCUACUGGCCCACAAGAGUGGUCAAGUUCUGAGCAGCCGAUCAGAACUUCAGCAGGUCCUGGAAAGGAGGCAGAGGGUGCAGAGCGUCCAGAAUGAGGAGGGGCAGCGCAGGACGCCUCUGGAGGACGUGCUGCUCAGACGUCAGCAGAAGCAGCUGGAGAGAGAGAAGGAAGAAGAGGAGAAGGUACGAGAGGAAGCUCAGUAUCUGGAGUACGUUAAAGUCCGACAAAACCUGAGGAAGAUCCACGCUGCGAUGCAGAACAAGGCUGCCAGCACCUGACAUGUGACGCUGAGCCCUGCUGAAACAUGAGCUACUGUACAUUUAGAGGAGAUUUUCAUAUAAAAACCCCAGACAUCAUUAGGCUCACAAGUCUUUGGAUUUCUAUGAUUUUACCUUUGGAAAAAGAGCUGGAAGUGACGACUUUGUUAUUUCUAAUCUUUAUUAUAAGAGCUUUUAUAGAAGGGAAGUGAAGAAUGAACCCAGAUAAGAAAGUAGCAGCAAACAUCUACAAAAGCCUCGUGAUCUGGAAUAACCUGGAUCUGGAUGCUUCCAUUUACAUUAAUGCCUUUGAGCCUUUGAGCAAUUAGAGCUUUUCUACUAAAAAUGAUAAACGGCAUGUUGUUAAAAGUCUACACUUCACUCAUUUAUAAUGUGAAAUGGAAUUAAAAUGGAAAUAAAAAUGUGGUAUUGUCCAAAUGCUA